AUCGAACGAGCAAUAAUUUGUCAUACAUACACCUUACAGUCUUCUCUCUUUAAACCCAAAGGGGCAAUCUGAGAGAGAAACACAACCCUCCAAUCAACUAGUGUACUGUAUCAAACUAUCUGCUUUUCUUCAAGCGGAGGAGGCUUAUUUGGGGAAUCAAUGGCGUCGAAAUUGGCUCAAUUAAAAUCCAAGGCAUGCCAAGCUAAACAGUUUGUGUCCACACAUGGAAGUGCUUAUUACAAACAGGUGCUAGAACAGAAUAAGCAGUUCAUCCAGGAGCCAGCCACUGUAGAGAAAUGCAACGAGUUAUCCAAAAAGUUGUUGUACACUCGUCUUGCCAGUAUACCCGGCCGUAAUGAGGCAAUGUGGAAGGAAGUCGAUUAUUUAAAGCAAGCAUGGAAGAAUAGGAAAGACUUGAAAGUGGAAGAUGCUGGCACUGCCGUUGUUUUUGGGUUGGAGUGUUUUGCAUGGUAUUGUGUUGGUGAGAUAGUUGGAAGGGGAUUUACAUUUACCGGUUACUAUCCCUGAAGUAUGUGAUAGCUUUGUUUACAUGUUAUCAUUGGCAAUUAGUUUUUACUGUUUUCCUUUUAUCACCAGUGUUCCAAGUCACCGGCACAAUAGAGGCAAGAUUUUUGCGUUGUUGCAUACAAUAUAUUGAGCCCAGAAACAAUUGUUAGAUUUUGUUGCUGUAAUAAUCUAUAUCCGGCAGUAUCAUAUCCCCUCAGUGGGGUUGCUUUUACUAUGGAUCGUGUUGAUCCUUGUAUUUUGGAAAGGCUUACUGAUAUUUUUUGAUUUGCA